AUGUCCUAUUCCAUGCAGAGCUUUUUAAAAAGGAUUCUGACUGAUUCGGGAUAUUCUCGGAGUCGCAAAUGCAAUGCCAAGCUUUCAAACAGCAAAACAUCCUUCGACUCGGAUGACGAUAAUUUGGGAAUAACAUCUCAUUCAACGCUUUUCUCAGCCAAUUCUGAUAACUGCACUUUGUCUUCGUUUGAUCAGGCUGACCCUGAAAAUGCUUUGUGUUUAUCGGUCGAUGGUUUGCGUGAUCGAGCCGGUAGCGUCAGAUCGACAACUCAUUCAACGUCGAGUAACUUGAAGAACAGCCGCACUAUCAUCGAUAAUGAAAAUUACUCUGUUUCUGUUGAUCUCUUGGAUAAGGUGACAUACUUAGAUGUCAGAACAUCCUUACCAACUCCAAUCCGGGGAACUUUAGUUCUAAAGGUUAAAAAGGCCAUCCGAAUUCAUGAAAUUCAGCUUUUCCUCGAAGGUAACGUCUUGAUCCAUUACUUUUAUAAGUCGCGGGCAUUGGUUCAAAGUCAUCAAAUGGAGGAGAAGCAGUUUCUUUGCGAACGCAGAUGCUGGACUUACGAAAGUUCAUCCUCUCCAUACAUAUCAGGUGAUUUUAGCAGUGCUGACAUCGAUACCGAUCACUUCUCUAAGGGAACUUAUAACUUCUCUUUCCAAUACUUUGUUGAUAGCAGCCUUCCGGAGUCCAUAAAAAAUGUCUUUGGGUCAAUCUACUAUGUUCUUCAUGCCAAAGUAAUAUUUCCUAAAAGGAAGUAUCAUCCUCGCCAUAGAACGAAGGAAGCAACGUUACCUAUGGAAUUUAUUCAGUGUGCUUUAGAUCCUGUGAGGAGAAAUUCGAGAGGUGCUUUAAGUAGUGAGUUUGUCUCUACUGCAAAUUGGAGAAAUUUACUCCUUUACAAGGUUUCUGUUUCUUACCCCAGACCAUUGGCCAUAGAAAGCCAUAUAAGCGUCUCUAUUAAAGUUCUCCCGAUCAUUAGAAGGUGCUAUAAAAUACGAAGCAUUCGUGUUUCUUUAGUUCAGACUAUGGAAUACAACGUUGACAGCAAAAACAACCAAUAUUUCAACGACCUCGUACAAACCGAGGAGAUACCUCUACAAAUAAUUAACAUCAUGGAUAAUCAAGAUCCAUCCACCCUGACGCCUUAUGUGAAGCAGUUGGAUGUUCCAUUAGAAAAAGUGUACAUUAGAAAUACUGAUGAGGACAGAUUCGUGGUUUGUCCUUCAACAAAUUCCGUGGAAAGCGAGCUUUGCCAUUUCAAAGUAGGCCACAAGAUUAAUGUUGAGAUAACUGUUCAGGAGGUUCCCAUGCCUUGGGAUUACGAAAAGAACGUCCAUCAAAAUGAUGCUGAAGAGGCAGAAGUAUCAUCUGUUGCUAAAUCAAGACGACAUCUAACUGCAGAACAAGAAGAAGAUGAAUCCCUUCGAGCCACAGCCAAAAUUAUAGAGGAAGGUAAUAUUGAAAGCCUGCGAUAUAGAAAAGUGCAGCUUCAAAUGAGUGCGGAUGUUCAGAUUCUCAAGUCUGAAAGUAAGGAUGGUAAUAUGCCACCACCCGCUUACUCCAAAUCCGGUGCUGAUGAGGCUGAAAUAGAGACUACUAAAGGAUAUGCAAUGCCCCCCGCUUACGAAGAAGCUUUAGAACAAGUCGCCAUGCUCGUCAUGCCCCCUGUAUACUCAUAA